AUGUCGACAAACAAUAAAUCAUAUCCAAUCUCCUCCGGCUCACGUACGAAGUUGAAUGCAUUCCGCUUCCAAGAAGAGGAGACAGUUUCCGACCAAACGACCUCGAAAGACGGGACGAAGCCUGUACAUGGGAAUAAAGAGAACGAGAGUUCAUGGCUGAAUGGCGUGGUAGGACCGACUGAACCGACUCAUAUGUCUCCCGGAAAAAACAACACAUCGGCAGAGGCUCCUGCGACCGAAUCUCGACCGGCUAAAGAAUGCCCGCAGACACCAGGAAAUCGAAUUCCACUCGCAGACCUCAUAAGCAAUGCUGAAGACUCUUUCGACCCAGCGCCAGGCCCGGAGGUGACUCCUGUGGACCACGUUGUCUGGCAGCAUAUACCUGCGAGCUCAAACCCGGAUACUUCGUCCCAAACACCUGGCGGCCGUCGAAAGAAGCGACGGCACAGUUCAUCUUCCGCCGGUUCCCCUUCGCACCCGAAUUCGAAGAAAUCAAAAGAACCUCUCGAUCUUCAAUCUAUACAAGCUCUAUUCAAGACCCCCCAACAUGAUCUUGCCGCAGAGCUGUGGAAUAAUUAUAUGGACAAGAAUAUGGCUGGUGGAGCCGACGACCUCCCUCCAAACCGUCUUGCGAACCUUCUCUCCUCGUCUCCUCAAACCCCCAUUUCGGGGAGAACGAGUCGGGAUUCGUCCGGCUUGAGGCGAUCUAUCAGUUGUGCUGCCGAAUGGCCAACAUCCCGAGCGAAGAGACGACGAUUCAAUCGACAAGAGCAGGGCUCUGGUCGAGGUAUAUUCACCCGCACCAGUAGCAAUGUUUUGGACUCGGGCCGAAAGCAACCAUCGCGGAUUAACUUUCUCCUUGAGACUAUUGAAAAAAGCCUCCACCCGCCUCAGCCAACCGACAUGGGCCCCCCCCUGGCUCCUCUCCACUACGGCAACGCGUUGAUGCCCACCGAUGCCGCUCCUCAGAAUGGCCGAAAUACCGACAAUCGGAAUGAUUUCGAAGGUGACUCGUCAGACUUUGGAGAUGACGACCUCGACCAGGAUCUUAUGGAUUUGGUAGAUGCCUCGGCGGACCCUUUCGUCGAUUCGGUCACAGAUCGGAAGGAGUUUCACUCAUUCGGCUCCUCUGCCUGGUCGAGCUUUGCUGCAGACAAAUCACAACCGAACCAUCCCGAGCAGCCAUCUAUAAUGAACAGUAAACCACCAACUGUUAAGAAACUUAUGAAUAACGAACCCAAACCUGAUGAUUCAGACGACUUUGAUGAAGACUAUGGAGAUUUCGAUGACAACUUCGAAGAGAUGCUUGCAAAAUGUGACGAAAAGCAGGGACAUGUCGAUUCGUCUAAACCAUCUAUCUCCAAACAGCAUAUUGCUAAGAAGGCCAAUGCUUCUGCUACAACCACGGUUGAUAGGAAACGGGUCAAAUCACCGAAUAUGCCGGCUCAAGAAUUUGAAGCAGCAUCAUCCGAGGAUGAAUUCGAUGAUGACUUCGACUUGGAUGCGAUAGAACAGACCAUGAAAGAGGCAGGACAGGACGCGGAUAAUAAUAUGAACGGCCGACAAGCUAUCAAACGUUACCAGGUCGUGGAGAUUGCGCAGAGCACGUAUGUGACUCCGAAAGGGCGUACACAACCCGAGCAGGUGCUCUCUGUUGAAGACGAGAAGACAAAGGCUCGGAAGGUCAUCAUCCUAAGAGAGUCAUGGUUCGAUACUCCUUGCAGCAAGGACUCAUAUCUUCACUUGAUCGGGGACUAUGACUCCUCCGGCUGCUGUGUUGUGAAUAAUACCAACCAUAUGGUUAUUCUUCACCCCGAUCAUCUGAUAUCUGCCACAGUGGUGGCAGAUUCGAUUGACUGUCAACGCCGUGCUGUUUUGCAAGAUCGCAUCAAGGCUUUCGCUCAGUUGGAGAAGCCGCAAGCAUUCGGUGUCUUCUUCCACGAAGUCUUCCAGGAAGCACUGAAGGCCAAUCAAUGGGACAUGAUUUCUUUGAGGUCUUUGGUUGAACGCGUCCUCCUGGGACAUAUUGAAGAGCUUUAUGCAAUCAACAUGAGUGUCCAAGAUGCGGUCGAGGAAAUCAUGGGGAAAAUUCCGACAGUUCUAGAUUGGGCAAAGACCUUCCUGCAUGCCAGGCCACAGGCCAACUCCACUGUUGAAGAUCGCAACAGUGCAAAACUCAACUUGAGCAUCAACAAGUUGCUCGAGGUCGAGGAACAUGUUUGGUCGCCAAUGUAUGGACUCAAGGGAAACAUCGAUGCCACAGUUCAAGUCGCAUGCCGUGAUGACGAGGGAAUCAAGAAUCUGGUUGUUCCAUUGGAGUUGAAAACCGGCAAACGAGAUACAAACCAAGGCCACAGAGCUCAAACAGCUCUGUACACUCUUCUUCUUUCUGAUCGAUAUGAUAUUGAUGUCACUUUCGGUCUCUUGUACUACCUUGAAACCUCCAGAACGCUCAGUAUUAGGGGUGUUCGACAUGAGCUUGUUCAGAUGCUGCAAGUGCGCAACCAACUGGCAGGGUUCAUCCGUGAAAGAAUGCAACUCCCUCCGAUGCUCAAGAAGGCGCGCAUGUGCAACAGGUGCUAUGCGAAAACCCCUUGCCUUAUUUACCAUAAGCUCGCAGAAGGUGGUGAUGGCGAAACCAGUACCCUUGGUGACGAUUUUGAGGCUGCGACACAGCAUCUAGGUCAGGCAGACCGUGACUUUUUCCGCAAAUGGGAUGAACUUCUCACUAAAGAAGAAGGAAAUUUGGUCAAAUUCCGACGAGAACUGUGGACUCUGCUCAGCAAUGAACGAGAGCCUCUCGGCCGCUGCUUCGGCGAUGUGGUCAUCGAUCUGCGUUCUGCAUCCGAGGAGAAAAACGGUUCAAAAAUCAAUCGCUACCGCUACACUUUUCACAAACGACAAAAAUCCCCUAACUUCUCCUUCGCCGAAUCUCAGAUCUCCGUUGGUGAACCAAUUGUUGUCUCGGAUGAGAAGGGGCAUUUUGCCCUCGCGAAUGGGUAUGUAGUCCACGUCAGUGCAUCCCAUAUCACAGUCGCUGUCGAUCGAAAACUACACGACGCAAGGUCAAAGAAAGCUGGAUUCAAUGCCAAGACAAAUCAGUCUUUCAAAGGGAUUAUGGAAAUUGAAAGUGCUGGACAGUCAGCUUUGGAGGACCCCAAUGAACAAGUCGUCUAUCGAAUCGACAAGGAUGAGUUUAGCAACGGCAUGGCUCUUGUUCGCAACAAUCUUGUCUGCAUGAUGGACAAGGAUUUGUACCAAGCAAGGCAUCUCAGACGGCUGAUUGUUGAGGGUCAAGCUCCCCAGUUCAAGUCGACAUCCACUGCAUAUACCAUUUCCGGUGCUGAUAGCCUCAAUGUCGACCAAAAGCAAGCAAUCGACAAGGUCAUGAGCGCAAAAGACUACGCGUUGGUUCUUGGGAUGCCUGGAACUGGAAAGACAACCACCAUCGCUCACAUCAUUCGGGCUCUCGUUGCGCAGGGGAAAAGCGUUCUCCUCACUUCCUAUACCCACACCGCAGUCGAUAACAUUCUGCUCAAAAUACGCGAUGAUGAUAUUCGUAUUCUUCGCAUUGGUGCCGCCACCAAGAUCCACCCAGAUGUACACGAAUUUGCCGAUUUGGCGGCAAUUCCAAAGAAAACCAUCGAGGAACUGAAGGAUUCAUACGAAAAACCCCAGGUUGUAGCAACGACUUGCCUUGGUGUGAACCAUCCCAUUUUCAACCAGCGUAUCUUUGACUAUUGCAUCGUCGACGAGGCCUCGCAAAUAACGCUGCCGGUCUGCUUGGGUCCAAUUCGCAUGGCCAGGACUUUCAUCCUUCCCGACUCCGUUGUCAAUCUGGAGCAUCAAUAUCGCAUGUGCGAAGAAAUAAUGCUACUGUCCAAUGCGCUUAUCUAUUCUGGUCGUCUAAAGUGUGGCACCCCGCAGGUCGCUGCUCGAUCACUCGAGAUACCGAACAUUCAUGCCCUUGAGAGUUUCCACUCCGCUGGCUUCGACGUUUCACAGCCUGGGCAAGGAAUGUGUAUGGGUGCAGACCGUGGGCGCUGCUGGCUUCGAGAUUUAGUGGAUCCAUCUGCCAAAACCCUCUUAGUCAACACCGAUCCUCUUGGUGCCGCCGCUCUCGAAGCCGCACAGGGACAACGGGUUGUGAAUCACGCCGAGGCCGUUAUAUGCUCUCAACUUGUAGAGUCAUUCAUCGCCAGCGGGAUAUCGGCCCAAAACAUCGGUGUCAUCACGUUCUAUCGCAGCCAACUCGCCGUUCUCCGACAGACUCUUCGACGAUAUUCGCCAGAUCUUGAGAUGCACACCGCAGAUAAGUUCCAAGGCCGUGAUAAAGAGGUCGUCAUUCUAAGCUGCGUCCGAAAUAACCCCGAGAAUCAUGUCGGUGAUCUUCUUCGUGAUUGGCGACGUGUCAAUGUUGCGUUCACACGUGCCCGCACGAAGCUUCUUGUUGUGGGUAGCAGAACUACUCUCCGUGACGGUAACGAGCUCCUUUGCAAGUAUGUUCGUCUCGUUGAAGACAAGGGUUGGGUCUACAAUUUGCCCCCAGGCGCUGCAGAAAAUCAUACUUUCCAACCGACAGCCCUGACUUCCACGCAAUACCAAUCCCCCGAGGUCGGCAAGAAACAUGGUUCUGGAAGGAAAAACCCCCCCGAAUGCAAAUAUGAAAUCGUCGUCGCGCGAACCACUUAG